UUUUUUUACAGGAAGACAUAAGUUAUUUUCAUAGACCUACUUCAGUGGUUAUUUUGAGUAAUUUGACAUAUGGCACUAAUUGACAGUUCGAAAACAAUUUUUGAAAAACAAUUGGUACCUACAAAUACUUCGAAAUUUCGAUAUUCAUUUCUUUUCGGUAAUAGAUAUUUUUGUAACAAAUUUUAACCUACACGUUUUGUAUUUUCUUUUACGUAGCAAAAACAUUAACAAUGGAUCCUAUAGCAGUUUUACAAAGUAGAAUUGAACAACUAGAAGCUAAAUUAGGUUUGUCUCCAGAAAUAUCUAUAGAUGGUCAGCAAGGUGACUCUGUUACUGCGAAUCUUUUAAGCGCUGCACAAGCCAUCAAUAAUGCAACGGCAGGACACGAAAAGCUUCAUGAAGCUAUGCAAAUGGCCUCAGAGUUGAACAACUAUAGUGAUCCGAAUUUCGUUGAAAAUUUGCAGAAGAAUGAUUUACAUAAACAAGAAGUACUUGCAGCUGAACCAGUGAUCAGACAUCACUGUCGCUGUAUGCAGCAAUGUAAACAGGCAACACCAGUUCUGGAGUCGGAGGCCAUACAAAAAGCUGCUCAAAUGCAGCCCACUGUAGACAAGAUGCACGCUGCAGCUGCAGAAGUAAAGGCGGAAGCUGAUGCAGUAUCGCAUGGAAUUCAGCAACUAGCCGAAACUUGCGGAUCGGCCGCCAAUGAUUCAUCUCAGCAGUUGGCUAAUGUUGCUCAAAUGGUGGAGAAAGUUGAAACAAAAAUGUUUCCUAAACGAAGGAAUGGUCUUGAUUGAAAAAGCUUUAAAUUUAUAACAGAGAUAUAUUUAAUAAAUCCGAGGUGCUAGCACCAAUGCUUAAAUUUUACUAAUAAAAACAAUGGUACUCUUA